AUGCAGACACAGCACAAGACUGAAAUGGAUAAAAUGGAUGGAAAGUUUGGAGCACCAUCAGUAAUAGCAGUGCCUCCUGUUCAACAGAUGUCUCGUAUAGAUCAACCUGUCCCUCCUCAAGUCGGUUAUCCACCCCCACCACCAUAUGGCUAUCGCCCAACUCCUCCAGGCUAUGGCCAUCCCCCUGGUUAUCCCUCACCGCCACAACCACUAGCUGAGGGCUACACUUCACCUCCACCACAACCCCAGGGCUUCCACCCAGCUACUUAUCCUCCUCAAGGUUAUGGUUAUCCUCCGGCAAAUUAUCCUGCUCAUCCCCCACCUGAUAACAAUAGGUGA